AUGUACCGCAGCGUGCACCACAGCUUGGAGAGUGUCUUGGGACUCUUCAGCAAGAUGCAGCAGGAGUCGCCCUCCGGCAGCACUUUGCGGCAGCCCUGCGCCAGCGCCACCAGUGCCUAUGAGCUCCAGGAGAAGGACCUGGGCAAGCUGCACCGCAUGGCUGCCCGUGGUGACCUGGCCUGGCUGAGGCGGUGGCGCUGGUGGCUGAAGAGAGUUGGCUUCGACAAGCAAGACAAGGAGAAUCGGACACCUCUGCAUCUCGCUUGUGCAAACGGCCAUGCAGAUGUCGUCAGAUUCCUAGUGCAAGAGAACUGCCAGCUGAACCUUGUUGACAAUUUCGGGAGAUCGCCACUGAUGAAGACAGCAGAGUGCCAGCAAGAAGAGUGUGCGGCUAUUCUACUAGAACAUGGUGCCGACCCAAAUCUGGCAGACGCUGACGGCAACACUGCCCUUCACCUGGCUGUCCUGGCUGCUAAUGCAGCUGUAGCAGUGCUGCUACUUGAGCAUCAUGCCAAUGCUGAUGCUCAGAACCAGGAGGGAUAUACCCCCCUUCAUCUUGCUGUCUCCAAACACCGGGAGAAGGUGGAAAGGCUUUGUCAGAAAAAAGGAGCUGAUGGGCAUGCUCAAGAGCAGCGUGAAAGCAAGCUACUGCUGGAAACAGUGGAUGGCAAAACCACGGAAGAAUCUUCUGCAGGUGGUGCAGAAGAAAAGUCAGUUCUCAGCAGCCCCUGCCCUGUGAAGACUGCUGACCCUACCUGGGCUGCCCUUGCUCAGGACAGAGGAGGUAGGAUCCUUAACUGUGGAAGAGACAAUGAGGAGAAUUGCAAUGGCCUGUAG